UUCAUUUCAUGUAAAAUUAAAAAGGCUCACGAGAUAUUUAACACCUAAUAAUUUAUUUUUCCUAAAUCAUCACUCAUUAAUUCACAAACUACAAUUUCCUAAAAAGAGUGAUUCAGCGAUUAUGAUCGGGUAAAGUAAUGGAAUAAUCAGAGUAUUAAUUUAUGAACGGAUGAGACGAGAAACAUGCAAGUAAUGUCAGGGUACAACAGACAGAGAGCACAUCCGAAGAGCAAGAAGGCAAUAUGGAUAAUAGUAAUGGCGUUUACAGUGGCCCUGUUUUUGAUCGGUGGAUCUGUAUAUAGUCCAGCAGAUAGUUCAGCAGCCUGUUUUUUUUUCCCGUCAAGAACCUGUAAGCUCUACGAUAAGGCUAAAAAUACAGCCCCACCGAGAGUAUUAAGUGAUGAAGAGAUUGUAGCUCAGGUUGUGAUUCGUGAGAUUCUGAAGACGCCUCCAAUUCAAUCUAAUAGCCCUAGAAUUGCGUUUAUGUUUUUGACUCCAGGCUCUUUGCCGUUCGAGAGACUCUGGGAACAGUUCUUUAAUGGGCAUGAGGAUAGAUUCUCCGUGUAUGUGCAUGCGUCUAAAGAAAAGCCUGUUCAUGUGAGUCGUUAUUUCGUCGGUCGGGAUAUUCCGAGUCAUAAGGUGGAAUGGGGAAAAAUUUCGAUGGUUGAAGCAGAAAAGAGACUAUUGGCACGAGCACUUUUAGAUCCUAACAACCAACACUUUGUCUUGCUCUCUGAUAGCUGUGUGCCGCUGCAUAGCUUCGAUUAUGUGUAUAAUUUUCUGAUGUUCACAAAUAUCAGUUAUAUUGAUAGUUUUGAGGACCAUGGUCCUGAUGGAAAUGGAAGAUAUUCGGAGCAUAUGCUACCUGAGAUUGAAAAAGAAUAUUUUAGGAAAGGCUCACAGUGGUUCUCCAUGAAGCGGCAGCAUGCUAUUAUAGUUAUGUCAGACUUCUUAUACUACACCAAAUUUAGGCUCUUUUGCAGGCCAAAUAUGAACGGGCGCAAUUGCUACGCGGAUGAGCAUUACUUGCCUACAGUUUUUCAUAUGAUUGAUCCUGUUGGCAUUGCUAACUGGUCAGUAACAUAUGUCGACUGGUCCGAGAGGAAGUGGCAUCCAAGAACAUAUAGGACCCGCGAUGUUACUUACGAACUGCUCAAAAACAUCACGUCUACAGACGUGGCCUUGCAUCUUACAAGUGAUAAAAAGAGGGUAGUGACGACAGGACCGUGUUUGUGGAACGGAAUGCAACGACCGUGCUACUUAUUUGCUCGAAAGUUCUACCCUGAAGCUCUUGAUAAAUUAUUGUUCCUUUUCUCUAAUUACACAGCCAUUUAGCUACCCAUCUUGUCUUGAUUCUGCCUAUACAACCAUUUUUUUAGCCACCAAAUUGAGAAUUUUAGAAACCAAUUUUUCAAUUGCUAAUAAGCCUUUUUCUUGUAGUUUUUUUUGCUGUAUGCCACAAUUAAUAUUAGUUUAUAUUAUACCUUCCAAAUAAAUACCCACAGGAACAAUCAUUUAUA